AUGGCUAUUGUCGACGCCAUGCGCCGCUCAUCACGCGUCUCCGUCGCCACUGAAACUGGCGGCGCCAACACGGGCAAUGCGGAUCGAACCCUCGAGGAUAUGGGCUACGUGCCUGAACUUGCACGCAAUCGCUCGGUCUGGCAGGUUACUUUCAUGUGCUUCAUUCUCUCCUCCGUCCCUUACGGUCUCUCCACCACCCUCUACUAUCCCCUCGCCGCCGGUGGUCCCGCCAAUAUUAUCUGGGGUUGGGUCCUCGUCUCCUUCUUGAUUCUCUGUGUCGCCAUCUCCCUCGCUGAAAUUACCUCGGUUUAUCCAACUGCCGGUGGUGUUUAUUACCAAACAUUUGUUCUGUCGCCUCUCUGGUGUCGUCGUGUCGCCUCGUGGAUCUGUGGCUGGUCGUAUGUUGCUGGCAACAUCACCAUUACUUUGGCUGUCAACUUCGGUACAACUUUGCUUUUUAUCGGUUGCCUCAAUGUCUUUGAGGAUGCCAAUGGCAACGGCAUCACAUCGGAUUUCCAGGCUUAUCAGACUUUCCUGAUCUUCCUGGCCAUCACCCUCUUGACCCACGCCGUCUCGGCCUUUGGGAACAAGUAUCUGCCCUAUAUCGAGACAUUCGCCAUCUUCUGGACCAUCAUCGGUAUGGUCUGUAUCAUCAUCUGUCUCCUGGUCGUCGCCAAGGAAGGCCGCCGGGAGGCCUCAUGGGUAUUUGGCAGCUUCGAAGCCAACGCUGGCUGGCCUGCUGGUUGGUCAUUCUUCAUCGGUCUCUUGCAAGCCGCCUAUGCCACUUCGGCUACUGGAAUGAUCAUCAGUCUCUGUGAGGAGGUGCGCGAACCCGCCAUUAUGGUCCCCAAGGCCAUGGUUGGCACUAUCGUCAUCAACUUCAUCGCCGGUCUGCUCUUCUUGAUUCCCCUCUGCUUCGUCAUGCCUACGAUCGCCGAUAUCUUGAACGAAUCCCAGCCUACCCCCGUCAUUUUCAAGCAUGCCCUUGGCAGUAGCGUCGGAGCUUUCUGUCUGAUGAUCCCGUUGCUCGUGCUCGGUCUCAUUUGCGGUAUCGGCUGUGUCACCGCUACCUCGCGCUGCACUUGGGCCUUUGCCCGUGAUGGAGGUAUUCCCGGCUCUGGCUGGUGGAAGACUGUCCACAAGAAGUUGGACAUCCCCUUCAAUGCCCUCGUCCUCAGCAUGGUCGUCGAGAUCUGCCUCGGUUUGAUCUACUUUGGUUCCCAAGCUGCCUACAACGCCUUCUCCGGUGUUGGUGUCAUCUUCUUGACCAUGAGUUAUGCAUGCCCCAUCGCCGUCUCUCUGAUCUUCCGUCGUCGCGAGGAUAUCAAGAACGGCAGCUUCAACUUCGGCAUCUUUGGUCUGAUUGCCAACGUCUUUGCUCUUGGCUGGAGUAUUCUCGCCAUCCCCCUCUUCUGCAUGCCAACUCUGAAGGAGGUCACUUUGGAUAGCAUGAACUACGCCUCGGUGGUCUUCUUCGGAACUGUUGUCAUCGCCGCCGUCUGGUACGGAAUUUGGGGUUACAACAACUACCGUGGACCUCCUACUGACGCGGUGGAUAACCACUCGAUGACUGACUCGACCCCUGACGCAACUGAGGAGGUCACCAAGACCAAGAGCCCAUAA